AUGCCAAAAUCCGAUGACCCAAGUAAAAAGCAGUUUGAGGAAGCGAAAAGACUUGCAGGAGUCCCCGUUGAGUGGGAUCAACUUCUUACUGACUCAUUGAAACUAGCAUUUCAGAAAAAUGAUAUUGAUUUUGAUGAUGAUGCAAUGUUGCUUGAAUGUUACGAAGAACAUAUCAAAACUCUUCAGGAAAAUAUACCAUCUACACGUCUUCUGGUACAUCGACUUGGAGAUGGAUGGGAACCAUUGUGUAGAUUCUUGAAUGUGGACAUUCCAACUAACAUACCAUACCCAAAGAUGAAUCAACGGUCUGAUUUAAUAAAGUUAAGUGAAUUAAUAAAGAAUUGUGGAUCACUUCAGGAUGUCGCUAGAAUGCAUCCAGGAAUUAUAUAA